AUGGUAGGCUGGUGCGCCCGCCUCAAAAGUUCCCCCUGGAGCUACCGCUUGAAAAGUGAAGGGGGCAGCCCUGCAGGCCACCUCAUUCCCAGCAACCAAUACAAUGAACCAUUUGCUUCCACUCAAGGCCUCUCCGCAUCGUUGCCCCAUGUCUGCGAAGUCUAUUAUCACUACUACGUCACUGUGCGUUAUCCCCAGCGUGGAUUCUAUACAGUUUUGUUGCACCUAGAGAAUGGGCCUCCCCUCAGCCUUAGUCUGAGCAUCCAUGUGCAGCCUGCUCUUCUCCAUGUCUUCAGUGCUUCUUCUGCCCUGCUUAGCCGAACCCAGAGGUCUCUCGCCCUCUCCUGGAGUCUCCAGCCUCUGAGCUCCAGCGUAACAGCCUACACACUGGAGGAUCUGCAAGGACAGGAGGAGUGGUCUCUCUCCUACAAAUACAAUCCUUUUGCUCUGCAAAGCAAUUUCUGCGCCCCGCCCAUUUCGCAAGCUUCUGGGAAGAAGGUAAUCUCCAGAAUCUACUUCCGUACUAGUAAAACGUUCUCCGAGAAGCUGAACGGACACUUCAAUUUCUCUAACGACACGUUGAUUUUCCAAGGAAGCAAUGCUGGCCCGAUUUCCAUCAGGCUGAACCCACAGAAAAUCAAAGAAGGGACGUACCUUUUUAGCCAGGAAUAUGGGCUCUCGUAUUCCACCCUAGAAGGCAGCGGGCCCUCCAGUCUCCACCACCUCUUUUUCCAACAAGUGGCCCUUUCUACCCUGAUUUCCAUUGAAUUUGUGAAGAUGCAGUGGUUCAGGUUCAGCGUGCACUUAUAUCUGAACCGAAAGGAAGGUCUGUUCAAAUCCUUGGCCGAGAAAGAGAUGGAAGUUCACGUUUUCAGUGGACAUUCUCCUGAUAAAAACUUUGUCUAUGUUGUGUGGUUUAUUCCCGUGCCACACCCCUACUUGCAGUGUGACUGGGCUUUCCACCUGCAGCUUUUUCAUUCCAGGAAGGAACACCUCCUUUGGAAUAAGACCUACACCUACAGGGACCGUGUUAAAAAUGCCGUUCGUUUUCUUCCUCAUUCGGUCUUCUCUUUCAGACCCACGCAGUACGCAGGCUUCGUAGCAGAAGUGAAUUGCAGGCAAAAUGGACUCGUACGAGCCGUUUUAACAGCCGCUCUUGGGACUUACGCUUCAAAGGUGAUGGAGCCAGCUGUGCCCUGCCAGAAACGUUAUUGUCGUAAACUGACCAUUGCAAUCCAUAAACCCAACCCUUUGGAUCCUGUGCUGCAUUAUAAGAGAGAGGAAGACGUCACUUUGCAAGCAACAGCCGAAGCGAAAUGCAGGACUCGUCCAGUUCUUGAAUUUCUUUGGAAAAUAUAUGAACUCAGCACUGCAUGGUCGAUUCCAGAUUGGCCAAACCCUCUCACACUCCCCGAAGGGAUGAACACAAGGGGUAUUGUGUUGCACAUACCUAAAAAUGCCCUGUCGUAUGGCUUCAAUCGUGUUAAUUUGACCAUGAGCGUGCAUCUACCUGCAGAAAAUAUAACAUUCGUUCGGUCCGAUUCGGUUUUCCUCCAAAUUCUAGAAAGUGGGUUAAGGGCAGUUAUAGCUGGAGGCCUCUUCCGGAUCGUUGGCAUUUCUGAUCAGUGGUCCUUGGAUGGGUCCAUAUCUUCGGAUCCGGAUUCUACUGAACCUCUGGAAGGAAUUCUGUUUCACUGGUUCUGCAGCAAACGGGAAUUAGACUAUUCUGCUAUGAAGUUAGGUCCAGAUCAGAAAUGCCACUCGAGACAACGUGAUCUGUACUGGACCCACUCGAAAGAGCCAGUGCAAGUCGUGGAACCGAAGACCCUUCAGGAAAACACAACGUAUUAUUUUAAGCUGGUCGCUAUCAAGAAGCACCAGUCUGCAGCCGCGUUUCAAGCUGUUCAGGUCCUUGCUGGUUCUGGGCCUGUCCUGCGUAUCAUCUGUUUGGAAAACUGCGAGAAAGGCAUCAAAGCCACGGAAAGAUUGGUUCUGUACGGGAAGUGUCUGAAUUGUGCAAAAGCCCAUCUGGUUUACUUUUGGAGCCUCCUUUCAGCAGAUUCCAAGGAAAUAUAUUUUGACUGGGCUUCUAAAACAACCACUGGGAGAACAAGUCCGUAUUUGCAUAUAAAUUCUUUGGCCUUUAGCUCCAUGGCUGGCCAGUUGUAUAUCCUUAAACUGAAAGUGAGUAUGCAGGGAGUCCAGUUGGCUGUGUGUAGCUACUCCUUUUAUGUUCACAUCCCCCCGCAAAUUGGAAAGUGUUUUGUCGAACCAAUGGAAGGCAUUGCGCUGAUGACAAAAUUCACCCUCCGGUGCUCUGGAUUUGAUGACAAGAAAGGACCUCUCGUCUACAGAGUCAUUGCUUGUUCUGAUCUAGCCCAAAUAGCUAACGUAUCAUCCUUGCAAAAUAACUCACUUGGAACCAUAGUUUAUCUUGGUCAUCAGCGGAGCACCCCGCCCUCAUUUCUUCCCAGCGGUACACCCUCUGAAAAAUAUGCUCUGAACAUACUUAUUCAAGUUUACGACACCGAUGAUGCUUUUUCACAAGUCAGCUUGCAGGCAACGGUAUUUGAAUCAAGGACCAGCAAGCCAACGGAUCUGAUUCUCAAUGAACUGUAUCAGCUAGUUGGACAGCUCAAUAGCUCUGCCUCUGUCUUCCUUGACACCGAAGAUUACUUACACAUGGGCUUCAUUAUCUAUAUGGUGGCUUCUGAAUUAAAUAACAUUGAGCCGUCACCCAGUUUCUACCAUUCUAAAACUGAAUUACGAGAAAUGCUACUGAACGAAUCUGCACGGAUUCCCCUGACCGAGGCAGGGAUACUAAACCAAGUAAUCUCCGGCAUUUGUCAAAUAACUCAGAAUGCAAAUGAAGUCAGUAGGAAAUCCCAGCUGAUCGCGGUCCGAAUCCUCCGAAAGACCAGCGAAGCUCUGAAAAGACACAGAGACGUUGAUCUCGGCUCUCAAGAAGCAGAGGUCCUUGCCGGUGGCAUUUUUACUGGGCUGUCCAAUGUGUUAAGAGCUUCCCUCUCGAACCCCAGGAAUGGGCCUGCAAACACCAUCAAGGAAAUCAUUUCAGUGUCAGAGUUAUUGGCAGAUAUAGUUUUGCAAGGCAAAGUCCCCGGGGAAGACCACGUUAAUAUGGAAGCCAAAGGCUGGUCCAUCCGUUUAUGGAAAGAGGAAAAGCGGGACGUUUCUAGGACUCUCUCCGAGAGGAGAUCUUGUAAGAAUUGCUUUUAUCCUAACGUGAAAUUGGAAAGCCAGGAGGAGUUACCAGCAGAUGCACCGAUUUCCGUGGUUCAUUAUGUAUUUGAGGAGAAUCCUUUCCCUUGGCUGAGGAAGGCAGUAGAUAAUCACACGGUCGUGAUGGGGUUCAAAGUGGCUGGCGCCAAAGCAAAUGGUGACGUCAUUGGGGUCACCCCUAAAGUGGCCGAAGUGAUCAUGGAUAGAAUAGAUAAGGAUCCCGUCGCAUUUAAUCUGACGAUAGGGCUGGAUAAAAAGCGUGUAGUAACAGCUGGUGGGUUUAGCAUAGAAGUCAGUAGAAACUCUCCGGACAUAUAUGUCCAGAUUUUGUGCCAUAGGAACAUCACUUUCAAUGUCUCCAUCUACUUGGGACUCAAUUUUAGCUCCCCCCCACUUGUGUCUUACAUUGCUUUCUCUGACAAACCUUCUACCCCGCAGCAAAGGGCGACCAAUAUUGAAUGUGCAAUUGAGGCUCCAUACAUCGUUUGCCUUCCGCAGGCAUUGCUCUGGUCUGAACUUGCAAGUAAACAGAAUAUUUCCGUGGUCCUAAGAUCUUCACCCGUGGUCAGAAAGCAGACCACCAAGAUAGUUCGCAUUGUGGUUUUUACCGCAAGCUGCCGAGAUCUGGGUCACCUUCCAAAUUUUGAACUGUCCGACGAGACCUGCCACCUUGGCCCUCAGACCAGAUUGUCCAAACUGCACUGUGUCUGCGGUGCGAACCCCAGAACGGCUCAGCGCCAAUUAUCAAGGCCUUUAAAACCUGAAGUCAGAUUUGUCAGUGGCACAUUUGUUAUUUACCCCAAUCCUUUGGACAUCAAGAAAGUACUCGUAGCAAGUUUUGACACGAAUCCCGUGACAAUUUUGACUGUGUUUUUCAUUUUUGCUGGCUACAUCUUCUGUGCAUCCUGGGCCAUCAUUAGAGAUAAAGAUGACAUCAGGAGAAAAAACAAAAUCUUUGUCUUGCCAGAUAACGACCCUUAUCACAGAAUGCAUUAUCUGGUCACCAUCUAUACCGGAAGUCGCUUGGGAUCCGGAACCACGGCUGAUGUAUUUCUUGAAUUGAUCGGGAGGGACGGUUACAGCGACGUCCAUCGAAUGAAGCACCCCAAAUUCCCAACCCAGUAUCGCGGAGCUGUUGAUACUUUUCUCUUCGCUACAAGAUAUGACCUAGGGGAUAUUUAUUGCAUUCACAUCUGGCACAAUAACAAUGGUUCUUCCCCAAACUGGUACUUAAGCAGAGUCAAAGUAUUUAACGUAGAUACUCAACGAUCAUGGCUGUUUAUAUGUAGGAAGUGGUUAGGCCUUGGCAAGGCGGAUGGCAAAAUAGAAAGAUACAUUUUUUCUUCGAAUCUGAAAUCAAGGUUAGAGAAAAUGGAUUUCUUUCUGAUACACCUGGCUAAAGACUUAGAAGACGAUCAUCUCUGGCUUUCCAUAUUUUCUCAGGUAGUCACCGGUACUUUUAACCGGCUACAGAGAGUUUCUUGCUGCCUGGCUAUAAUGCUUUCAACUUUGCUCCUGAACAUCAUGUUCUUCAGUGGUGAGGAAGAAGAAAUCAUGUCAUUAAAAUUCCGGAUUGUGAGAUCCAUGUACAUCGGGGCUUUCAGUGCUCUAUGUUGUGUUCCUUUACAGCUGACAAUGACCGUCCUAUUUAGAUACUCUAUGGAAAAACCUUCCGAUGACAAGGACGAUAUGGUACCUGACUAUAGUCCCUCAUCUUCAGAAACAAGUGAGGAAGAUGAAGAAAGCUCCUCAUCGUCCAGUAGUGAUGAAGACGAAGGUGGUAGUAUAACUAUCUUCUCAGAAAAGGAACCCCCUAAAAUUAGCACAAGGAAAAGGAUAAUUAUGCUGAUUAAGGUGUUUACUCGAAAGCCACAGUUUGCCUGGUGGUGGAGAUAUGUCGCGUGGGUCAUCGUUUUUUUCAUGUCUUUCGUCUCUGCCGUGUUCAUCAUCCUAUAUGGCCUCACCUACGGCUAUAGCACCUCCACAGAAUGGUUCAUAGCAUCCAUGACGUCAUUUUUUCAGAGUGUCUUCCUGCUGCAAACCCUAAAGAUGGCCCUCAGCUCAGGGGUCAGUACCAUUAGUAUCAAGUACUGCAAGCACAUCUCCUGGGUAUCGGCAGAGCAGUACCAGAAGAUGAAGCUGCUGAGAGUGAAUAUAGAUCCUAGGGAUGUCAGAAAGAUUCACCACGAACUGGUCAAGAUUAGGCAGAGCAAGGAAUAUGAGCCUUUGGAAGAGGACGAAGUCAUCAUCUUAAGGAAAAAAGUGCGGGCACAACACCUGGCAUUUGUUUUCAUCAAGGACAUCAUUUGUCAUCUUAUCUUUGCCUCCUGCGUUCUAACCGUGGCUUACUCUACUGUGCCCACCGUUUCCUUUUACCACAACAAAGUAAUCCAUGAUAAAUUUAAUCUUGGUCUGUCCAAAGUAACCAAACUUGAGGACAUUUACAUUUGGAUGAGUGACACAUUUGUACCACUGAUACAUAAUGACUAUCUACCCACCUACCUUUCAGAGUCAUGGUCCAAAAUCCUGGGUUUGCCCAGAAUGAGACAGGUCAGAGGUCUGCAUCUUGAAAGGCCUUGUUUUCCUCCAGGCCAUUUUGCCAACAAUUACUUGAUCGGCCAAAGAUCCUGUCACUAUGAUUUUGCUAAUGAUCCAGAAGAUCAAAAGCACUACCUUGGGUCAUGGACCAAGCCGAUCAACAUGUCCGUCUCCAGUCACGUUGCCAAUUUUCAAGGAUUCACGUAUCAGUCAGAUAUUGAUCAAUGGGAAUAUAAGUCUUACGGUGUGGUAAAUUCAUAUGGCCCAGGGGGAUACUCGUUUUAUUUUUUCCCAGGAGAACAACGACCAAAUACGACAAUAAGAUUAGAAGGUUUGCAAAGCAAUAAAUGGCUUGAUAAAAGGACGCGGGCUUUGAUUUUUGAGCUGACAACCUUUACUCCAGAUGUAGGGCUAUACUGCAGUAUCACAGUCAUUUUUGAGUUUACCAACUUUGGCAUCAUUAGUUCAACUUUGUCGGUUCAUUCAUAUACGCUCUCUAAAUUCCAGUACGAAAGCACCUCCCGGUUGGUAAUUUAUGGACUCAUGAUUUACAUUCUUGUCUUCUACUUAGCGGAUGAAUUUCAUAUGUUACGUCAAGAAAGGAUAGGUUAUCUCCAAACAGCGACCAAUUUAAAUAAUUUCGCCAUAAAGAACAUCUGUAUGUUUUUUAUACUACUCAUUGCCCUGAAAUUCAAGAUGGCAUUUACCUUACUGGAGUUUUAUCUACUCAAUCCAGAAGAAUUUGUCCCCUUCCAUGUUGUUUCUCAAAUUGACCAGCUCUACGUGAUGGUGGCGGGUAUUUUAGGUUUUCUCCUGGUGCUGAAACCCUACCGAUAUUUCAGGUUCAUGUACAAGGUGCGCCUUGCGGAGCAAACCAUGUCAGCAGUCUUCCCUGUGUUUCUUAAUUUGACCGUCCUCGCCAUUCUGUUGUUUUGCACGUUCAUGUCCUUCGGCUAUCUCAUAUUUGGUCAGUAUGAGUGGUCCUUCAGCAGCUGGGUUCACUCUCUGCAGACUGUCGUUUCCUACUGCUUUUCAGGAUUUAAGCAGAUGGACGUUGCGUCGAGAUGGUGGCUCACCAUAUUUUUCCAAUCGUCGUUCCUAGUUACAGUGAUGUUCACCUUCGUCAAUUUAUGGAGAAGCCUCUUAAUAUCGACUUACACGUCGAUGAAACAGACCGUUUACGAGCAACAUUCGGAUGAAGCCGAAGCCAUCAACUUUUUGUAUUUGAAGUUGCGAAGCAUCUGGCGUUCUUUAACCCGCCAGCCAGACUCUGGAGACGAUUACGUCAAUGUUACCAUAUUUGGUAAAUCGGUAGUUAGGGAUAGUCAACAGCCGGGGCUGAAAUGCAGUAAAAUAGAAGGCAAGAAAAUGGUUUUUCUUACUGUUUGA